AGAGCCGCGGCGCAUCAUCCAUCUGUCAAAACUGUCGCAUCAAGUCGUUUGGAUUGUUUUUUCCAAAAGUUUCGCGUUUUUCCAUUCUCCUUGGGACCCCCGUGCCCGUGUCUGGCCAGCCGAAAAAAAGGAACCAUGUCGGGUCGUGGCAUCCGGACGUGUCGCGUUUGCCGGAAGCGCAGCGCCGAGCACCCCCGGCUGGCGUUCAUCUCGCUCAACUUUCGCGGCGCCGACGUCGCGUCCGAGUCGCUCGCCGGAAUGUUUACGUUCGUGACGGGGAUCCCGGUGAGCGCCCACAGUGACCACAUGCCGCGGGACAUUUGCACGUACUGCAUGCAGCAGCUGCGCGCCUGCUACAAGUUCCGGAAGCUGUGCAUGGAGUCGGACCAGAUCUUGCGGAAUGCGCCGCCGGAGGAAGAGAAGCCGUCUAGUAGUAGAGGAAGUGGAGGAGGUGAUGAGUUGGCCGUGUCCUCGCUGGACAAGUACGACGAGUCGUUUUACCAGAUCGUUCAGGAUAAGCUGUGCUACAUGGAGUUGAACUUUGUGGCGUUGAGAUGUUGCGGAUGUCGCGAAGCGUUUGCUUCGGAGGAACAGCUACAGCAACACUCUCGGGAUGUUCACCGGAAGGGUCAGUUGAAGUUGGAGCCGCACCAGUGUUCGAUCUGUUUUGCCACGUUUUCGUACGAAGCUGCGUUGGAGUUGCACCAGUCGACGGCGCUGGAGAAUCUGUUUUGCUGUCGGUUCUGCCGGAGGAUCUUCGAGACGAAGCUGGUGCUGUUUGGCCAUUUGCGAGUUCAGCAUCAGCGUCAGGAGUGCGAUCUGGAGCGGAGCAUGGACAACACCAGUCCGGUGCAGCAGGAAUUUGCCAUGGGUCACAGUAUCUUCGACGCGGAACCGACGCCAUCAAGAGGUCCCUUUUUGCAGGUCGCUCAAGUGCAGUCGCUGGCCGGACUGGGUUGGUCCGAUACCUUUAACUUGGGCUAUUGCGAGCUAACGCCGGAGUUGACGAUGAACCAGCUGCAUCCAUCCCAGUACAAAGUGGUCGAGCAAACGGAGACGUUCAGCAUCAUCGAGUUUACGUGGCACCGGUGCUGUGCCUGCACCCACAUGUUUGCCACCAAGACCGAUCUGGACAUUCACUGCACCGAGGAGCACCGCAAGCAGUACGUUCCGCACGACUCUUCCUACGGCGUGCUGAAGCCGUUCAUGUGCGAGCAGUGCUGGCGUCGGUUCAAGAAGAAGAGCCUCCUCGGACUUCACCAGAAGUUCAACCGGAAGAAGAUUUACUCGUGCAACCAGUGCCUGCACGUCUUCCUUGGUGGUCCGGCGUUCGAGAAGCAUCUGCCAGGGUGUAGAACUGGUGGAGAGGACACGAACCAACUGCAGCAGCCCCAUCCGCUUUGGGCGGAACAGUUUGUAACGGGCGAUCAACAGGGCGGUGACGACGGUGGCGAGACUUCGUACAACGACGGCCAGAUCAUGCUCGUGGAUGUAAAGGAGGAACAGGACGACGACGACGACGUGUACAUCCUGAACGAUUAGAAGUUUUCGCGUAACUUCGCCAUUCAUUUGAAUUUUAACCUUCUUUUAACUAUGAAUUUUUAAUUGUGCUUAAAGGUUACUAACUAC